GAGACAACACCCCACACCUUCCUACACACACCUUCAUCUCCUCUCUCAACUCCUCCACUUUUAGAAACCAUGAAGCUCGUUCUUGCUUCCGCUGCCACCAUGGGCGUUGCCUCGGCUUUCGUGGCGCCCUCGUCUUUCUCCGGCGCCGCCGUCGCCCCCCGCGUCUCGAAGGCGUCGACCUCGACACACAUGAGCCUCAGCGAAUACAAGGACGAGCUCGCGCAAACCGCGAAGGCGAUCGCAGGGCCAGGCAAGGGUAUCUUGGCCGUUGACGAGUCGACCGCCACCAUUGGCAAGCGGCUGGCGUCCAUCGGCGUCGACAACACGGAGGAGAACCGCCAGGCCUACAGGGGCAUGCUCUUCACCACCCCGGACCUCGGCAACUACAUCUCGGGGGCCAUCCUCUACGAGGAGACCCUCUUCCAGAACCACGCCGACGGAACCCCCUUCGUCGACUGCCUCCAGAAGAUCGGCGUCAUCCCCGGCAUCAAGGUGGACACCGGCCUCUCGCCCCUCCCCGGAGGGCACGAGGUGGAGACGUGGUGCUCGGGCCUCGACGGGCUCGUGGAGCGCGCGAAGAAGUACUACGCGCAGGGCGCCCGGUUCGCCAAGUGGCGCGCGGUGCUCCAGAUCACCUCGGACGGCGCGCCGUCUGCUCUCUCCAUCCAGGAGAACGCUUGGGGACUGGCGCGCUACGCACGCGCCGUCCAGGAGGCGGGACUCGUGCCCAUCGUUGAGCCGGAGAUCCUCAUGGACGGCGACCACAACAUGGCCACCACCGCCGCUGUGCAGGAGAAGGUCCUGGCCGCCGUGUACAAGGCUUGCUCCGACAACGGCGUCUACCUGGAAGGCUCCCUGCUCAAGCCCUCCAUGACCUGCCCCGGCGCGGACUGCACCGAGCCCGUCACCCCGGAGGAGGUGGCCGCGACCACCGUUAACGUCUUGGAGCGCCACGUGCCGGCCGCCGUCCCCGGCGUGAUGUUCCUGUCCGGCGGCAUGUCCGAGGAAGAGGCGUCGAUCAACCUCAACCUCAUGAACAGCACACCGCGCAAGGGCCCGUGGUCGCUCUCCUUCUCGUACGGCCGCGCCCUCCAGCAGUCCACCCUCAAGGCGUGGCAGGGCAAGGCCGAGAACCUCGAGGCCGCGCAGGCGCAAUUGAAGGCACGCGCGCAGGCCAACUCGGAGGCCAACCUCGGCAAGUACGUGGCGGGCUCCCAGCCGUCGGCCGACGAGACCCUCUUCGUGAAGGGCUACAAGUACUAAGCACGCACACCGCUGACGUGUGUACGUACGUACGUUCGCCACGGGCGCGUGGUUGUCGUUGCAUAGUGCAAAGAGAGGUGGGGGACACACGACAGCCAGGCGAUUGUGACGAGAAAAGGUGCAUUAUAAUUAGGCGUCGCUAAAGGCAGCGGGCUAGGUGCUACGCUUCGCCUAUCAAUCAACGGGGGGGGGGGGUGACGGCCUGUUCGUUACCAGGAAACCUGGCGCGGGCAGGGCGAGGGCGCCUGCCGACGUAACGUGUAGUAGGUGCAAGGCGUGGGGGUAGAGGACCAGGGUAGUUUUUUUCGUGUUCACCGUUUACACUUUUUAGAGAUGGGAAGAGACUGCCUUUUUUUUUCUGCUGCUUUCGCCCCCUCGCUUUACGUACGCUUCUUGUCGCAGAAAAAGACGGUAGAGGAUUGUUUACGAAGCGGGGACGACGCUCUGUGACACACGCGCGGUUUGGUUCCCUUUCCAAGCGCUUUCUUUUCCUCCUGGCGCUCCGGGUUUCUCUCGGAUGAUGGAACAUUCAACUUUUUACUAAAGAGAAGAGAAAGGUUCAGGAACCGCUGUGCGCUCAGAUUUUCACAGCCUUUUCUUGCGCUUUUGCAUUUUAUAAGCUUU